GGCCGCUGUCAGGUGUCGCUGCCGGCAGGUUCGGCUGCGCGAGCGGAGGGAGGCGGGAAUCAACAGUAGCCUUCCUUGGAGAACUAACUGCCUCUUCCCCUUGCUGCCUGGAGUUAACAUUGUUUUCUGCGGCAGAAUCAGUGACAUGCCAGCACUAGCGGGAUGAGUGGGUGUUCCAGCGGGGAUGUGGUCCUUGACGGCCAAUGAGGACAAGAACACUACGGCCCACUUCUUCCUUGGAGCUGGAGAUGAGGGGUUGGGCACCUGUGGAAUAGGCAUGAGGACAGAAGAGAGUGACAGUGAACUCCUUGAGGAUGAGGAGGAUGAGGUGCCCCCAGAACCUCAAAUUAUUGUUGGCAUCUGUGCCAUGACCAAGAAAUCUAAGUCCAAGCCAAUGACCCAAAUCCUAGAGCGACUCUGCAGAUUUGACUACCUGACCGUUGUCAUCCUGGGAGAAGACGUGAUCCUAAAUGAACCUGUGGAGAACUGGCCUUCCUGCCACUGCCUCAUCUCUUUCCACUCCAAAGGCUUUCCUCUUGACAAAGCUGUUGCUUACUCCAAGCUUCGAAACCCCUUCCUUAUCAAUGACCUGGCCAUGCAAUAUUACAUCCAAGACAGGAGGGAAGUGUACCGGAUCCUACAGGAGGAGGGUAUUGAUCUGCCACGAUAUGCUGUGCUCAACCGUGACCCCGCCUGUCCUGAGGAGUGCAACCUGAUAGAAGGUGAAGACCAGGUGGAGGUUAAUGGAGCUGUCUUUCCCAAGCCCUUUGUGGAGAAGCCAGUGAGUGCAGAGGACCACAAUGUUUACAUCUACUACCCAAGCUCUGCUGGAGGAGGAAGCCAGCGCCUCUUCCGUAAGAUUGGCAGCCGGAGCAGCGUGUACUCUCCUGAGAGCAGUGUCCGGAAGACAGGAUCGUACAUCUAUGAGGAAUUCAUGCCAACAGAUGGCACAGACGUUAAGGUGUACACAGUGGGGCCAGAUUAUGCCCAUGCCGAAGCUAGAAAGUCUCCAGCUUUGGAUGGGAAGGUUGAACGAGACAGUGAGGGGAAAGAGGUUCGAUAUCCAGUCAUGUUGACUGCCAUGGAAAAGCUGGUGGCCAGGAAGGUCUGUGUAGCUUUCAAGCAAACAGUUUGUGGAUUUGACCUUCUUCGUGCCAAUGGUCACUCUUUUGUGUGUGAUGUCAAUGGCUUUAGCUUUGUCAAGAACUCAAUGAAGUACUAUGAUGACUGUGCCAAGAUUCUGGGGAACACUAUCAUGCGAGAGCUUGCCCCACAGUUCCAGAUACCGUGGUCCAUCCCCACAGAAGCUGAGGACAUUCCCAUCGUCCCUACCACAUCUGGCACUAUGAUGGAACUCCGUUGUGUCAUUGCAAUCAUCCGUCACGGAGAUCGAACCCCAAAGCAGAAGAUGAAGAUGGAGGUGACGCACCCGAGGUUUUUUGCUCUAUUUGAAAAACAUGGUGGAUAUAAGACGGGAAAAUUAAAACUUAAGCGGCCGGAGCAGCUCCAGGAGGUGCUGGACAUUACGAGGCUGCUGUUGGCUGAGCUGGAGAAGGAACCAGAGGCUGAGAUUGAGGAGAAGACUGAGAAGCUGGAGCAGCUGAAGUCCGUGCUGGAGAUGUACGGCCACUUCUCGGGUAUUAAUCGGAAGGUGCAGUUGACCUACUACCCCCAUGGAGUGAAAGCAUCGAACGAAGGGCAAGAUCUGCAGAGAGAGCCACUGGCACCAUCUCUCUUGCUGGUGCUGAAGUGGGGUGGAGAACUGACACCUGAUGGCCGUGUUCAGGCUGAGGAGCUGGGGCGAGCUUUCCGUUGCAUGUAUCCUGGAGGCCAGGGUGACUAUGCUGGCUUCCCCGGCUGUGGGCUGCUUCGUCUCCAUAGCACUUUCCGUCAUGACCUCAAGAUCUAUGCAUCUGAUGAGGGUCGUGUCCAGAUGACUGCUGCUGCAUUUGCAAAGGGCCUCUUAGCUCUAGAAGGGGAGCUUACACCCAUUUUGGUACAAAUGGUGAAGAGUGCCAACAUGAAUGGCCUGCUGGACAGUGACAGCGACUCCCUGAGCAGCUGCCAGCACCGUGUGAAGGCGCGGCUGCACCACAUUUUGCAACAGGAUGCACCCUUUGGCCCCGAGGACUAUGACCAGCUGGCUCCCACUGGAAGCACUUCUCUGCUCAACUCCAUGUCUGUCAUCCAGAAUCCUGUGAAAGUCUGUGAUCAGGUAUUUGCCCUGAUUGAAAACCUUACCCACCAGAUUCGGGAGCGGAUGCAAGACCCCAGCUCUGUAGACCUGCAGCUCUACCACAGCGAGACCCUAGAGCUAAUGCUACAGCGCUGGAGCAAGCUAGAGCGUGACUUUCGACAAAAGAGCGGCCGCUAUGACAUCAGUAAGAUCCCUGAUAUCUAUGACUGUGUCAAGUAUGAUGUACAACACAAUGGGAGUCUGGGACUUCAAGGCACAGCUGAGUUGCUACGUCUUUCAAAAGCUCUGGCCGAUGUGGUCAUCCCCCAGGAAUAUGGGAUCAGUAAAGAGGAGAAAGUGGAAAUUGCUGUGGGCUUCUGUCUUCCACUGCUGCGGAAAAUCCUACUUGACCUGCAGAGAACUCACGAGGACGAGUCUGUCAACAAGCUGCAUCCCCUGUACUCUCGUGGAGUGCUCUCCCCAGGCCGCCAUGUUCGAACUCGCCUUUAUUUCACCAGUGAGAGCCACGUUCACUCUCUACUCAGUGUCUUCCGUUAUGGGGGACUUCUUGAUGAGACCCAGGAUGCACAGUGGCAGCGAGCUUUGGCUUAUCUUAGUGCCAUCUCAGAGCUCAACUACAUGACCCAGAUUGUUAUCAUGCUUUAUGAGGACAACACACGGGACCCUUUGUCAGAGGAGCGGUUCCAUGUGGAGCUACAUUUCAGCCCUGGAGUGAAAGGAGCUGAGGAAGGCAGUGCCCCGGCCGGCUGUGGAUUCCGUCCAGCCUCUUCUGAGAAUGAGGAGAUGAAAACAGAUCCAGGCAGCAUAGAGAACCUAUGCCCAGGGAAGGCAUCAGAUGAACCAGACCGAGCACUGCAGACCUCACCCCAACCUGUUGAGGGCACUGGCCUCCCAAGGAGAUCACCCCUCAUUCGUAAUCGAAAAGCUGGCUCUAUGGAGGUAAUGAACAUGCAGUGCACAGGGAACCUGGACCUGAUCCCCUUGAGGGGACGGCGCCGCAGGAGGUCAGGAGACCUCCCCAGGCUUUCCCCAGCCAUCGGCCUACAGCCCCGGGCUGUGUCCACCACUCACCUGGCUUCCUGCACACAGGUGCUGUCUGAAACUUCUUCUUCAAGACCUGGUGGGUACCGGCUGUUUUCAUCUUCACGGCCACCAACAGAGAUGAAGCAGAGCGGCCUGGGCUCACAGUGCACAGGGCUGUUCAGCACCACAGUGCUGGGUGGCUCCUCCAGUGCUCCGAAUCUUCAGGACUACGCCCGCACCCAUGGCAAAAAGCUCCCGCCCGCCAGUCUAAAGCACCGAGAUGAGCUCUUGUUUGUCCCGGCCGUAAAACGAUUUUCUGUGUCGUUUGCAAAGCAUCCGACUAACGGGUUUGAAGGGUGCUCCAUGGUACCUACCAUCUACCCGCUGGAAACACUGCAUAAUGCCCUUUCCUUGCGCCAAGUGAGUGAAUUCUUGACUAAAGUCUGCCAGCGCCACACUGAUGCCCAUGCACAGGCAUCUGCAGCCCUCUUUGACUCUAUGCACAACCACCAGGCCUCAGAUAGCCCGUUCUCCCCGCCCCGCACUCUUCAUUCGCCACCCCUGCAACUUCGGCAUCGCUCUGAAAAGCCACCUUGGUACAGCAGCGGGCCUUCCAGCACCGUGUCCAGUGCUGGCCCUUCCUCUCCUACUGCAGUGGAAGGAAACUCACAUUUUGGCUUCAGUGAUCAGUCCUCUGUAAAUACACAUAUGACUGAAGAAAAGCAAGGCCUUGGAUUGCUCCAGGGGACUCCUGGAGAUGGAACACCAGCGUUCCACAUAGAAAGACAGCAAGAACUUGCUGAGACAACUCAAUCCCCUCAAGAGCUCCCUGUGGAAAUCUGCCCUCCAGGAAGUCAGGAUGUUACCAAGGUCAGCCAGACAUGCCAGGAGGUCCCAGACAUCAUCCAGCCAUGCCAUGACAUCCUUGAGAUUGGCCAGCCUAACCAGGAGGUCCCUGACAUGAGCCAGCUGUUGCUGAAGAACCAUGACACUACUACCAACACAUGCCAGCCAUGCCAGGCCAGCCAGCUGUCUCAGAAAGUUUAUGAGGAAAUUUGCCAACUUUGUCAAGACAACCCUGAGGAGAGUAACCAACUAUGCCAGGAAGUCUCAGUAGAGCUGGGCAGAAUGGUCCAUGGAUUCCCUGUAAAUGUUGGUAGCACGGCCCAGGAAACACUUACGGAAAUUGGCAGGCCAACCCAAGAGAUCCCUGCAGACCCAUGCCAGGAGUUCUCUGUGAAGGUUGGCAUGCUGGCUCAGAAGGCCCCUGCCAUCAGCGAGUUAUCUCAAGACAUCCCUGAGGCUGACAAACCAUCCCAAGAGCUCUCUGAGAAGACUGAUCUGGAGGCUCAGGAGGUCUCUGAGGAGACUGAUCGGGAGUCUGAGGUGGUUGAUGAGCUGCCUAAUGAGGAUAUCUCCUAAGUUCAAUAUCUGUCUAGUGAUGUAAACAUUGAAAGCCAGUCUCUGGCCCAUGACCAGCAUUCACCCCUUCCUCCCACCAGCAACAUGUGACUAGUUAUCUUGUCAUUGGUGUCCCACUUUACCAGCUGUUUGAGCCAGCAGCCUUUCUGUUGGCUAACACACAGAAAGAGCCCCAAGCAAGGUGUGGGCUCACACCAGCAGUGUCUGAGGAAGUAGGCUUUGUGGCACAAAGCAUACUUCUGCCAGAGCUUAAGCCUAAGGAGGAGCCAUUUAUGUUCAGAGAAGUUAUUGGCUCUUUACUUAGUCAUGGAGUGGGAAAUCAGAUUGUUGAAGGAAAUGCCAUUUAACUACUGAAGAUACCUUGUUGAAGGGACAGCAAAUAUAGCAUGGAAGGUGACAGGGUCUCUACUUGUUGACUGAAAUAUUCACAACUUUUUAAGUUACCCUCAGUCCAUAUGUGCAUUCAAGGAAACUCUUACCUUCACUAUUACAGGCUAGCUCAGGGGAACCACCUGAAAUGUCUGGAAAAUAGAGUCCCAUUCUCAAAAACAUUUGUCAUGGCCACUCAUGGUUUAGACUGAGCUUAUGGGUAUUUCCAUGUAAUUGCCAAGUGCUCCCCCUGCCUAGUCCUGCUCCUGUGGACAUCAGCUCUAGAGAAAAAUAGAUAGUAGAUUGCCAUGCAACUUCAGAGUGACUACUUAGAAUGCUCUGGAAGAGUUGCAUCAAUCUGUGAAGCCAGGCCUCCUUUUGUUGUGGGGCUGUUGGGCUUAGAAGAUGCUGAAAUGAGAGAAUCAAGUUCUAUUUUAAACAAUUAGCAGAGAUCAAUGUUGUACAGACAUGAGCAAAGAUUUAAUAUAUAUCUAUCUAUAUAUAAACAUAUAUAUUUCUGUAGUUUGCCAGGGACAGACUGGCCAAAGAUCAAACACUCCAGGAUCCCCAAGAGGUUUGUCCUUAUAUAUCAUGUGUCUUUAUGACCAUAUGAAGCUUUUCCCAAAGAUCUAGGGAUGGGAGUGGGUGUAGGUAAUACAGUCAUUGGAGUCGGGGGCCGGAACAUGACGAGUGCUCAAUAAAUAUAAAACAAUGAGAACGA